AUGAUUUAUCUAUCAUGGAGAGCAAGAAUUCAGUUUGUUCAAGAGAAGAACAAUCCCAGUCCGUUAUUUACAGCUUCUGAGACUGUUAGUUACACAGCAGCUUUCAAAAACCAUAUAUUUUCAAAUUCAGGCUUCGAGGAUGUUAAUCAAUCAACUAGGUUGUUCAAUUCUUGGCACCCUCCUCCACCUGAUUGGAUCAAAGUCAACAUAGAUGCAGCUCUACACAAAUCAUAUAAGGUGGGUAUAGGAGGAGUAUUUAGAGAUCAUCAUGGCAGACUACUUUUGGCUUUCGGUAAUAAUCUCAUUCAUUGGGAUUCAGCUGCAUUAGAACUUCAAGCAAUCACUUCUUUAAAGCACAUAAUCAAAGAAUGGAUGUUGGAUUACAAAGGCUUGAUUAUGGAAGGGGGUAACAAAAAUGUUGUCAAUCUCAUCAAGAAAGAAAUGGAUACAG